AUGAAUAGUGCAUCUUUCUUACAAUCACGGCUUAUUUCGAGAUCCUUUCUCGUAAGAAGGUCGUUAAAGAGGUACUCCGGACUUGCAAAGCCUUAUACCUUCCAGCAACCAACCAUAUAUGCAUUAUCUACACCAGCAAAUCAAACCUCUGCGAUAGCAAUCAUAAGAAUAUCUGGUACCCAUGCUAAGUACAUUUACAAUCGACUAGUUGAUUCAAGUACAGUUCCGCCGAUCAGGAAGGCUAUUUUGAGGAACAUUUAUUCGCCGUCCUCUUGUAGUGUGAAACCUCAUGAUCAAAAGGAAAGUAAAAUAUUAUUAGACACAUCGUUGUUGCUAUAUUUCCAAGCUCCUUAUUCAUUUACUGGUGAGGAUGUGUUAGAGCUGCACGUUCACGGCGGGAAAGCCGUAGUUAAUAGUAUACUGAAAGCUAUCGGCUCGUUACACGAUAGAAGCAGUGGUAAAGAUAUAAGAUUUGCCUUGCCUGGCGACUUCUCCAGGAGGGCGUUUCAAAAUGGAAAGUUUGACCUUACCCAACUUGAAGGUAUCAAAGAUCUUAUUGAUUCGGAAACAGAAUCUCAAAGGAGAUCUGCCUUGUCAAGUUUCAAUGGGGAUAACAAAAUCCUAUUUGAGAACUGGAGGGAAACCAUUAUCGAGAAUAUGGCACAGUUGACUGCUAUAAUAGAUUUUGCCGACGAUAAUAGCCAAGAAAUUCAGAAUACGGAUGAGAUUUUCCAUAAUGUAGAAAAGAACAUCAUAUGUCUGCGAGACCAAAUCGUUACUUUCAUGCAAAAAGUCGAAAAGUCUACCAUACUGCAAAAUGGAAUAAAGCUGGUAUUACUUGGUGCUCCCAAUGUCGGUAAGUCAUCAUUAGUUAACAGCUUGACUAACGAUGAUAUAUCAAUUGUCAGUGAUAUACCUGGCACUACUAGGGAUUCUAUUGAUGCAAUGAUAAACGUGAAUGGCUAUAAGGUUAUUAUCUGUGAUACGGCAGGUAUAAGAGAAAAGAGUUCUGACAAGAUAGAAAUGCUGGGUAUAGAUAGAGCAAAGAAGAAAAGUGUACAGAGCGACUUAUGUUUAUUCAUUGUAGAUCCUACUGAUUUAUCAAAACUUUUGCCUGAGGACAUAUUAGCACAUCUAUCAUCGAAGACGUUUGGAAAUAAGAGAAUAAUUAUUGUAGUCAAUAAGAGCGACUUAGUUUCCGAUGAUGAGAUGACGAAAGUUUUGAACAAAUUACAAACUAGACUCGGAUCAAAGUACCCCAUAUUAAGCGUGUCCUGUAAGACCAAGGAGGGAAUAGAAUCGUUAAUUAGCACUUUGACAAGUAAUUUUGAAAGCUUGUCUCAAUCAAGUGCCGAUGCAAGUCCUGUCAUUGUUUCCAAAAGAGUGUCAGAGAUUCUCAAAAACGACGUACUGUACGGCUUGGAAGAGUUUUUCAAAUCCAAAGAUUUCCAUAAUGAUAUAGUAUUGGCCACAGAAAAUUUGAGGUAUGCAUCCGAUGGAAUAGCUAAGAUAACAGGACAAGCUAUUGGUAUUGAGGAAAUCUUAGAUUCAGUGUUCAGCAAAUUUUGUAUAGGAAAAUAA